AUGGGUCUUAGCAUCCACAGAAGUGCAAGUGUGGCAGCCGAGAAAGUGAUGGACACGUUGUUGCCCGACUCACUUCCAAAGAAAAAAGUCGUCAUGGUCACUGGUAGCUCUGGUACAAACCGCAUGCUUGGGAUGCCACACAUCAAAGAGAUGAUUUACGAAAACCGCAAGACAUACGCCGAAAAGCACGGAUUCGACUUCACGUAG